GAGGUAGACACCAUGAACGAGGCUGAGAAACAUACACCAAAAAGAAAUAAGAGGCCAACUGCUUGGAUGGGACGGAGAGGUGUUAUAGUAGAGUGGGAGCAGGUACCAAGAAAAUGUGCAUCUCUGAGGUGUUUUCAUGAUAGUGACAUAAGUUUAUACAAAUAGUGAUCAAAUCACGAAAAGUCUGAUUGUACAAAAUUUAAGGUGUUGGUUAUGCAUAAUGUACUGUGGGAGUAUUACCUAAAUCACAUAUCGGUGUAAUGCUUGGGCUAGGUGCCAAACGUCACAGGUCGUGCGCUUUAGUUGAUCAAACAAAAUAAUGAUUUUCUGCUGAUUCAUAGUUCAUUGGCUACGAGAUGUAUGAGUUAAUUGUUUACUGGUACUUAUGGUAAGUGCCUAUAUAAUAGCAUGAAGGCGCUUUGUAUCAAGGCACCCAAAAACGUAGUAGCUAGAUGAUUGCCUCAUUUCCUUCCAGUCCAUGAAUAUAGUAGUUGAUGGGUUCUUUGAUGGCACCCGAUGCGAGUCAUCCAAUAGGCUGUCCUCAUGAAGGUGGGAGAGCAACCAUUAUGGGUAUAGGCACAGCUGUCCCAUCGCAUGAAUUUCAACAGAAGUCAUUCUCUGAUUACUAUUUUGAGAUUACCAGUAGCAAUCACAUGGUGGAUUUAAAGGCCAAGUUUGCGAACAUUUGUGAGAAGACCAUGAUCGAGAAGCGACACUUUUACAUGUCCAAUGAAAUGUUGAGGGACAGCCCGUCCAUCACGGCAUACAGCUCCCCCUCCCUCACCCUCCGACAGGAGCUCGCUGAUGUCGGUGUCCCCGAGCUCGGCGCCAAGGCAGCACGCUUAGCCAUAAGUGAUUGGGGCAAGCAGGCCUCCGACAUCACCCAUCUCGUCGCCAGCACGUCAAGCAGUGGCUGCAUGCCCGGUGCAGACUGUGAACUCGCCAGGCUUCUUGGGCUUAAGCCAUCCACCAAGCGCUUCAUGUUGUACCAGACCGGCUGCCAUGGUGGCUGCACUGCACUUGGCCUUUCGAAGGACCUGGCAGAGAACAACCCUGGCGCCCGGGUCCUUGUGGUAUGCUCCGAGGUCUGCACCUUGUCGCUGCGAGGCCCCUCGGAGUCGCACACCGGAGACCUUGUCGGGCAGGCGAUCUUGGGUGACGCUGCGGGUGCGGUUGUCGUUGGCUCCCGCCCCGCCGCUGACGAGCACGCCAUGUUCGAGCUUGUGUUGACAUGCCAAGAGACCGUUCCGGGUACGGAGGAGGCAUUGGUGUCCAAGCUGCGAGAGGAAGGGAUACUGUACAACCUGCACCGGGACAUACCCCUGCACGUGUCCAGUUCCACGGAGCGAUUGGUGAAGCUUAUGCUGCAGGAGACCUUGGUGCCGACGCUCGACUUGAACGAUGAGGUCUUCUGGGUAGUCCACCCGGGUGGUCGGGGUAUUCUUGACAGGAUUGCGAGCAAGCUUGGGUUGAGGGAGGAGAAACUGGCGGCAUCGAGGGCCGUGAUGAGGCAGUACGGCAACACAAGGUGCUCGUCCGUCAUCCUGGUCAUGGAGGAGAUGCGGCGGAGGUCGGAGGAGCUUGAUCGGCACACGGCGGGAGAGGGCCUCGACUGGGGGUUGCUUGUCGGCUAUGGCCCAGGAAUCACGGUCGAAGCCAUCCUCCUCUUCGCGCUGCCAGAUAAAGCUGUCAACAAAUUAUCGGUCACAUGAACGUGCCUUACUAAUAACUCAAAAUAUGGUUUGUUUGUAGUUCGGUAUAGUUUGGCCCAUUUUCUUUCUCUUAAGCAGACAUGCCUUCGUUCAAAAUGUAAGGUACCGUUUGGAUUUGGAUGUAGAUAUUGAAGUCUAGAAUUCGGAAUUGGCAUUAGGUACCAUCAAUGCCUGCUGUUUGGAUGUUCUUAGAAUUAGAAUUGGAAACCACCUCCAAUACCAAGUAGUAUUGGACCUACA